AUGGUAGCUUGGGCAGCUUUAGGCGCAAUGGGAACAAAAGCAUUAGCAUUUGGAGCAAAAGCACUUGGAGCUUAUGACGCAGUAAAUAAAAUGAGUGGAGGAAGAGUUUCGAAGACAUUAGAUGCAAAUAAAGGAAAGAUUGGAGGCUGGGUUGCAAAGAAGUUAAGAUUAAAUAAAAUAGGGCUCAUAAAUAAAGCAUCCAAUUUGGUUGCGACUGAGUCAGAAAAUGCUUUAGGAAAGGACGAUGAGUUUGCAAAACACGCAAAAGACUUUAAUGACCAGAUGAAAGGUGAAACAAUGCAUUUAAAUAGAGUCGAUGGAACUAAAGAA